AGAGAAUGAGGAAGUAAAGUUCCAAAGUUACUUGCUGCUUAGUGCUAACCGAGAUCAGUGACAAGAUAACAGAGAGAGACAGAGACAGACAGAGAGAGAGAGACAGAGACAGCGACAGAGGGAGAGAGGUGGUGGCUGUGGUGUGCCAUAUUGACAUGGUACAUUUGGGUGAGAAGGUGUUGCUGUCUGUUGACCGUCUGUGACAAGGUCAGCUGUCCGACCCUGCAAAAUUCUUUACUUUAUGGCUCUGGGUUAUGAAUUUGAUUGGAUUAUAACAGUCAAGACAUAAUCCCUGUGAAUCACAAGCAGCAGUUGCCAUGGCGCCAGUGGGAGAGUUCAUGGAGUCAUGGGCAGUGUCAGUGUCGAAAUCAUUCUCUAUAGAGGUCGUUGUUUUCUCUCUGCUCUUCCUCCUCCUCUCCAUCAUCCUCCUGGCCCUCUGCACUAUCUGUGGAAGGCAAUCCUUUGAGCUUCAGGACGGUGGUGGGGAGGUGGGGAGAACCCAGUCACAGCUGAUGAGAGUGGUAAAGUUGGAGGACGCCCUGGCCGCCAGGGAGAACCCCAUGAUCAAUGACAUCAGAAAAAACGAGAGAGAUUUCAGUCACAUACCUGAAGAACGUGUCCCAGAGCAGCUUCCUGCUGAGCAGGAUGGCAUCAGGUUCAAACCCGGGAGGAGCCGCAGGGUGGCGCCAGAUCAGCAAGGUGAUUCUCUAGGUGUCUUGCAGAUGGCCAACGGAACCCCUGUGGCCAUGAUGACAAUAUCUCCUCCUCCCCCCACCACCGUUGACAUCGGUGACCUGAGGGACGUCCUGAACUUCACACCCGAGCUCCACUCUAUACCAGCCCCGAUAUCCGUGGUGGAAGAUGACAGCCCCCUCGAGUCCAUACCCCCACCUGUCUAUUCAGGGGACACCCUGGAAACACCCAUCAUGAAUGUUCUUCACACCCUAGUGCUGGAUGCCCCCAUCGUGGAUCCCCUCAUCAUAGACACCCUUGCAUCUGUGGAUGCCCCCAUUGUGAACAGGCUUGAACCUGUCGACAUCCACAUUGUGAAUGACACUGACCCCCUCAAUAUCCCCAUCGUGAACCACCUUGACCUCCUGGAGGCCCCUGCAGAAUUCAGCUCUAACUUUAUCGCUCAGCUUGAAGAAGAUGGUCAGGUGGAGGGUGAGGACCAGGGGCCUUCCCUGGGGGUCCGACCCGAGCACACCUAUGAGAUCUUUGGGGAGCUCACACCUGAUGAUCCCUCUGUGGAAGUGGACCUGACAACCCCAGGCUAUCAAACCAUAGCUGAAAUGGUCCACAAAUCAACCACACAGCCUGACGAUGACACAACCAUGGUUACAAUGCCAUCGGACCUGGCAAGCAAGGACUAUGAGAUCAUAGCUGAACUUGUCCAGCAUUUGAGCGCAACCACACUGCCUGACAAUGAGCCAAUAAAAACUACAGGCACAGUCCCGGGGGAGGGGCUUGACCUGACAAGCCCUCUCUCAUUUGUGGAGGAGGUAGAGGAUGGUUUGAGUGACAGGGGCUGGAAUCCAAUGUAUGCCAGGGUGAGCAGGAAGCUUAGUAAGUGCCCCACCCCACCCCCUGUGCCUCCGCCAGAGGAAGAGGAGGAAUAUUUACCUCCAAUACCGGAAAGAAGAGGAGAGAUGGAGGAAUGAUCAUUGUAGAAUAUCCCUUCAGACUUUUAAAAAGCACCGCAAAUGUGUUUUAUGUACUCAAUGCUAUUUGAAUGUAUAUGCAGUGCAUUCAGAAAGUAUUCAGACCCCUUGACUUUUUCAACAUUUGUUACAUUACAGCUUUAUUCUAAAAUUGAUUAAAUUGUUUUUUUCCCCUCCUCAAUCUACACACAUUACCCCA